UCUAUUGUGGACCGCUUAUCGGAGCAGCAUCUGUGGUAACUAUAGGCACAAGCAGAAAAACCCUCUCCUCAUGCAGCACUGGAAAAAACAAUAAAUACGCGCCCGUUCUGCCUCCACAUUGCUACAAUGAACUGUGGAAAAUAACAAAUUGUUUUUCUGGUGGAGACAGCUGACAGAGAGAAUAAUGGCCGGCGGUUCUGAGAGUAAACAAGAAGAGGCACUUGGCAACCUAAUGGUUCAUUUCCAGAGCUACUUGCAUGGAGGAACCUCCAGCUUGCUGUCCACCCUUCCCACCCUUAUCGUCUUUCCUGUCUAUAAGACUGUUUUUCGUCAACAAAUCCACAACACCUCAGUUCACAAGGCAGUGGCACAGCUCUAUAGAGAGGGCCCUGUGAAGCUCUAUAGGGGUGUGGCUCCACCGUUAGUGAUGAGGACGCUGAACGGCACGCUGCUCUUUGGCCUCCAGGAUACCCUCCUCCGACAGCUCCCCCUAUCAUCCCAGAAUGUCAUCUCUGCCAAGGCCCUUCCUGCUCUGGCGGGGUUUGGGGCAGGUGUUGUAGAAGCCAUGGUUUUUACGCCCUUUGAGCGCGUUCAGAAUGUGCUGCAGAACAGCCAGAAUGACAGUCGUCUACCCUCGUUGAAGAGCGUCCUUCUAAGGCUAAAGGCAGAGGGGAUGGCUUUAGGCUACUACAGAGCCUUCCUGCCCAUUGCAGCCCGCAACGCCUUCGGCAGCUCCCUCUACUUUGGACUGAAGGGGCCUGUGUGUGUUGCUGUGGCGGAGCAGGGGCUCUCACCAAUGGCCUCCUCUUUCAUCUCAGGAACAGUGAUAUCAAUGGCAGUCAGCUUGACUCUGUACCCACUCUCUGUGCUUGUGGCAAACAUGCAGGCACAAGUAGGUGGGGAUGUUAAAGGGGUCAUAGCAUGCUGGGCUCUGCUCUGGAAAUCUCGUAAUCGGAGUUUGGUGUUACUGUAUCGAGGAGGUUCCAUGGUUAUCCUGAGGUCGUGCAUCACUUGGGGACUCACCACUGCCAUUUAUGACAGGCAGGAGAAACGAUCAGGCUGAAGAUACAUGCGCCAGACAUUUUUAGAUAUGCUAGUAUCCACAAAAGUUCAUUCAAUUUUGAUAUUGUUCACAGGAGACGUUUUGACUUAUAACUGCAAGAAAAAACAGUAUUGAUAAGCCUUUAUAGUGUGGGAGUGAACUAGUACAAGCAAUUCUGGUACUCUGAAACCAUAAUUUUAACAAUCAUUCAAUAUAUUACUUCCACCUGCACUUAUCUGAUGUUUACAGCUGUGAGUGUCUUCAGUGAAGAAAAUGCAGUCAUACUAACAAGCUAAUUUUGUGUGUCAAAAUGUGCUAGCAAGCUGACAGCACCACUGCUAAGACUUCUGGUCUAAGAGAUGGGUUCGAAUAGUUCUACUUCGAUGAAGUUGUCAGUCAUAUAUGCUUUGAAUUUUUAUUGUUUUGUAAGGAAAGUGAUUUUGCAUAUCAUGAUUAAGACUCAGAAAUGCUGUAAGCCAGCCAGGCUUUAAGAACGGAUGCCAUAAUAUACAGAGUCAGAAACACAGAUUUGUUUUCUAUUACCUGAGAAUUAGGAUUAUCUCAAUACUCAUCACGUUGGUUGCUUUGUGCACUGCCGGUAAUGUCAUCACACAGCCACAAUGCAGUUCUGCAGGGGCAGUCCAAGAUUUUUGGGGGCCUAAAGCAGAAUUUGAUUUGGGGCCCACCAACCACCCACUUCAGUGCAGCCACAAUUAUCCAUGAAUUGUCCAUGUUAGAUCAUUUGUCAUAUACAUAUACAUAAUCAUGACUUUCUAGUGCAGUGGAAAGAAAUAACCCAGGAGACAAGUUAACUUUUGUAAAUUCAAAACAGCUGACUGUUCAUACUGUUUUUAAAAUGUGCAGAAUGGCAGAAAAUUAUAUUAAUUCAUAAACAUACCUUUAUCCCAAUGCUUCCCCCUCCUUUUUUUCUUUUUAGCCAAAUAAGUCUUUUUUUCUUUUUUUUUUUAACAUAUUUGUUGCGGUCUACUUUGAAACACUUAUAGUGGGCAUGAACGUGGCCUCAACUAUGACAGUGAAAGUGAUCAAACCAGUAGCAUUAACCUGUCAUUUUGUUAAUAUAUGUAUCAAAAAUAUUUAGCUUUCUCUUUCAUAAAUACAACUUGUAUAUCACAAAAAUUAGACAUUUAUUAACCUGCAUUGUGUGACAUUUCAAAUGCUCUCGGGGGCCCCCUGCUGGCGAGGGAGCCCGCAACCAGCUGCUUAGUCUGCUUAUGGCUGACACAUCGACUUAUGCUUGUCCUACUUAAAAAAGGUCACUCCCUCUUUCUGUGCUGUGAUGAGGUCAUGUACAACAAGCGAGUUGUUAAUAUCAGCCAGGUACACCUUGAACACGCACACCCAUUGACGAGUGUGCAAACUGCAGGUCGUGAGGUAUUAUUAUUAUGUGUUAUGAAACAGGUUUUCUGUGCACAGAGGGAGUUAUGUUGUAGUUCUGUGUAAAACACUGUGGCAUUAUACUGAAUUAUAUUCAGUCUUACACUUUUUAAUGUAAUCUGUUAUUUCCUCUGUAGCCGAUGAUUGAAGGUAAUAAUCAUUGUUGUUUUACUUUUUAAAAAGUUUAUUUGAAUGUUUUUUGUUUCUGUGAAAUGUCAUUUUUAUUCUGGGCAUUUUGUGUGCUAAAGAGGAUACAACCUACUGUGACUCCUUAACUCACCUGUUGUUUUAAUUUAUUUUUUUAAAUGUUCCUUUUAUACUGUAUGUAUGUAAGACCCCACAAAUCUAUGUAUUGUUUACAUGUGUGGAUUCCCGUCUUUUUGCAAGAUGAACAAUUUCCUUCUGAAAAAAACCCAUGAUAUUAAGCCAUGU